ACGGGGUCUGGCGCUAAGCCUUUUGUGUCACACUUGCUCUCUGUUUAAACAAACUUUGCUUGCUUAAAGAGAGAUGGAGCUGAGAGGUUGAAUGCUGGACUGCAAGGGAUUGGGAAGAUGCUGGUUUCGUUGGGUCUCCUCGCUACGCCUUCUGCUUUUGGGUCUUUCGCACCUUUAUCAAACAACACCCGCACUUCGAGUUCCAAGGCAACCAAUCAUCAAAUCGCUAAACAACUAGCGGUUAAUUCUAGACGUGGAUCCCAAAAGUUGCUACGGCAAAUUGUAUUUCCAUGUAACUCAGUGUAUGGAAGGGUCAGUUAUGGUUCCCCAAUCUCAGCUGUUCUGAUUGAGGAUAGUUCCACAAUGGCAACCUCUGAGGAAGACACUGAAAACAUCGGUAUCUUGGGCGUUGAUUCUGCUCUCCGACCAUUUAAAGAUCACUUUGAAUAUAGAAUUAAGAAAUACGUGGACCAGAGAAAUCUCUUUGAAAAGUAUGAGGGAGGCCUUGAGGAAUUCGCAAAAGGUUAUUUGAAAUUUGGAUUUAACAGAGAAGAAGAUGGAAUUGUCUACCGUGAGUGGGCUCCUGCUGCUCAGGAAGCUCAACUUAUUGGAGACUUUAAUGGAUGGGAUGGUUCCAACCACAAGAUGGAAAAGAAUCAAUUUGGUGUUUGGAGUAUUAAAAUUCCUGAUUCUGGAGGAAAUCCUGCUAUUCCUCAUAAUUCAAGAGUCAAGUUUAGAUUCAAGCAUAGUGAUGGAGUUUGGAUAGAUAGGAUUCCUGCUUGGGUUAAGUAUGCCACUGUAGACCCUAACAGAUUUGGAGCACCGUAUGAUGGUGUGCAUUGGGACCCUCCUCCUUCAGAAAGGUAUGAAUUUAAGUACUCUCAUCCUCCAAAACCCAAAGCCCCAAGAAUAUAUGAAGCUCAUGUUGGAAUGAGUAGCUCGGAACUACGAAUUAAUUCAUACAGAGAAUUUGCUGAUGAUGUUUUACCUCGUAUUCGAGCAAAUAACUAUAAUACCGUACAAUUGAUGGCUGUAAUGGAGCAUUCCUAUUAUGCAUCAUUUGGAUACCAUGUUACCAACUUUUUUGCUGUAAGCAAUAGAUCUGGAACUCCUGAGGACCUCAAAUAUUUAAUUGAUAAAGCCCACAGCUUAGAUCUACAGGUCUUAAUGGAUGUUGUUCACAGCCAUGCAAGUAACAAUGUUACCGAUGGACUCAAUGGCUUUGAUGUUGGCCAAAGUUCACAGGAUUCGUAUUUUCACACUGGAGAAAGAGGUUACCACAAGUUAUGGGAUAGUCGAGUGUUUAAUUAUGGUAAUUGGGAAGUCCUUCGCUUCCUUCUUUCGAACUUGAGGUGGUGGCUUGAGGAGUUCAAAUUUGAUGGGUUUAGGCUUGAUGGAGUGACUUCCAUGUUGUAUCAUCACCAUGGCAUCAACAUGGCAUUCACUGGGAAUUACAAUGAGUAUUUCAGUGAGGCAACUGAUGCAGAUGCUGUUGUUUAUUUAAUGCUGGCCAAUUCUCUGAUACAUAGCAUCUUGCCAGAUGCGACUGUAAUUGCCGAAGAUGUUUCUGGUAUGCCUGGACUUGGUAGGCCUGUCUCUGAAGGGGGAAUUGGCUUUGACUACCGCCUGGCUAUGGCCAUCCCUGACAAGUGGAUUGAUUACUUGAAGAAUAAGAAUGAUGAAGAAUGGUCAAUGAAGGAUUUAUCCUGUAGCUUGACAAAUAGGAGACACACUGAGAAGUGUAUAUCCUAUGCUGAGAGUCAUGAUCAGUCUAUUGUAGGUGACAAGACACUAGCAUUUUUCUUAAUGGAUAAAGAAAUGUACUCUGGGAUGUCAUGUUUAACAGAUGCCUCUCCUAGCGUUGAGCGAGGGAUUGCACUUCACAAGAUGAUACAUUUUAUUACUAUGGCAUUAGGAGGAGAGGGCUACCUUAAUUUUAUGGGAAAUGAGUUUGGACAUCCUGAAUGGAUUGACUUUCCGAGAGAAGGCAAUGGGUGGAGUUAUGAAAAAUGCAGAAGACAGUGGAGCCUGGUGGAUACUGAUCACUUGAGAUACAAGUUCAUGAAUGCAUUUGACAGAGCUAUGAAUGCACUUGAUGAUAAAUUUCCAUUCCUUUCAUCAACAAAACAGAUAGUGAGCAGCACUGAUGAAGAAGACAAGGUUAUUGUCUUUGAGCGGGGAGAUCUGGUUUUUGUGUUCAACUUUCAUCCAGAGAAUACAUAUGAUGGGUACAAAGUGGGGUGUGACUUGCCAGGGAAGUAUAGAGUUGCCCUGGAUAGUGAUGCUUGGGAAUUUGGUGGGCUUGGAAGAGUGGGUCAUGAUGUGGACCAUUUCACAUCUCCUGAAGGAAUACCAGGUGUGCCUGAAACUAAUUUCAACAAUCGCCCUAAUUCUUUCAAAGUACUCUCGCCAGCUCGCACAUGUGUGGUUUACUAUAGAGUGGAAGAAAGUCCAGAAGAAACUAAUGAUGGCAACUUGGGCAGUGUCAAUGAGACAUUACAAGCCGAAUCAGCAAAGCAGGAGAAUAUUGAAGAGUUAGCUACCGUGGUUUAUCAGGGAGAAAGUCUCGGAGAAACUAAUGACUAUGACUUGGCUGGUGUCAGUGCAAAAUCGCCAAUAGAUGGAGCAAAGCAGGAAAAUAUUGAAGAACCAGCUUCUGUGCAAGGCAAAAGGAUUGUUGCAAGUAAACCAGAUGAUCCAGAACAGGAAGAAAAGAAGAUGGAGGAUGGAACAGUAGACGACUAAGCUUUUUGGCUCCAGCGCAACUCCAACAGAGCUAAAUAUAAUAAGCCUAUACGUGCUAGUGUGUUUUGAGAAUGAUAGCAGUUGUGAGGAGUAAGAAGGGAAUUUUGUUGGGGCUGUAAAUUUUACGUUGAGAAUAAUAUAGUCUGCUUAAUAACUAGUUAUGCUACAGAAAGAGAGAAGUCUAAUGAUCAGAGGGAAUAAAAAUCUGUGGAGCACUUGAAUAGUUCAUGGAGCUGAAAUAGUUUAAUAAAAUUGUCACGUCUAUCCUCAAAGCAUUGAAACUA